UGUCUAGAGCUUGCCAAUGGCCUUCCGAAGUGGAUGAGCGAUGAGUCAUUUCCAUCCAAUGAGAGAAAAGAGCCUCCAGAGACUCUCCGCCCAUUGGCCAGCGCGACUGUCUAUUCCUAAGCGAGCAAGGGCGCGCUUCCCGGCGGGAAAAGCUGGGCUGAGAGCGAGGCCAGCAGCCUUCUCAGCCCCCGCUGGAAGCCGUGCGGACGCUGGCACCUGCGCCGUCUGGACAGACUCUCCGGUUCUAAUAGGGAGAAAUCCAGUCCCUGUUACUCCAUUUUCGCCAGAAAUUCAAGACAUUUCAGGUGACAGAAUAAAUUCAAUCCUUGGUUCUCCGUCUUGUCCACUAGAAGGAGUGGAGAUAGUUAUAUUCUCUUUGAGCUCAUCAUGAAUUCCAUGAAGACUGAAGAGAACAAGUCACUUAUUGCUACAGAAGGUGACCAGAGUACUAGACCUGAAGUUUCAAAGGAUACUGUGAUAAAGCAGACAUGUGCUGACACACCUGUUGAUCAUUGUCUAUCUGGCAUAAGACAGUGUAGCAGCACCUUUAAGCUUAAAAGUGAAGUCAACAAGCAUGAAUCAGCCCUGGAAAUUCGGAAUCCAAAUCUGAACAAUAGAGAAUGUUGUUUCACCUUCACUUUGAAUGAAAACUCUGGAAAAUUAAACCACAGUGUGUUUACAGCAUAUGGUAAACCCAGUGAGAGUAUCGACUCAGCUCUGAGUGCUAAUGAGCAUUUCAGUGAAAGGAUGAAGAAUCAUUGUAAUAAGAACAUUAUUGUUUAUGAAGAAAAAACAAUAGAAGGAUAUAUAAAUUUAGGAAUGCCUCUCAAGUGUCUGCCUAUUGGUUCUCAUUUUAAAAUUACAAUUGAUAAAACAAAGAGUAGUGAAGAAGAUGGACACAUAUUACGUCAAUUUGAAAAUCCAGACAUGGAAUGCAUUCUUUUUUAUGUUAUUGCUAUUGGAAGGACAAUAAAGAAGAUUGUUAAGAUCAAGAAACUUCAUGAAAAAGGAUGUAAACUUUGUAUUUAUGCCUUGAAGGGUGAGACUAUUCAAGAAGCCUUAUGCAAGGAUGGCCGAUUUCGGUCUGACAUAGAUGAAUUUAAAUGGACACUAAUGGAAGGUCAUAAGAAAAUUUAUGGAAAACAGUCCAUUGUUGAUGAAAUAUCUGGAAAAGUCUUAGAAAUGGACAUUUCAAAAAAAGAAACAUUACAAAAGAAAGACAUCUAUAAAAAAACUAAACAGAAUGAAAAUGCCACUGAUGAAAUUAAUCACCAAAGUCUGGUCCACAAACAAGAGAAAGAUGGAGAGACUGAAGAUGUAGAACACAGCAGAGAGAAAAUUCUCUCACCUCAGAAUCUAGGGCAUGAUAUUAAAUCUAGGCAGUAUGCUAUUAAUCUGGAUGUCCAAAAGGAGGCAAUUAACCUCUUAAAGAAUUUGCAAAUGUUGAAUGAAACCAUAAUAUCUCAGCAUCCACAUUUUAAAGAGGAGGCACAGUGGGUGCGAAGAUAUUUUCAGGAAGAACAGAAGAGAAUGAAUCUUUCACCAUUUAAGCAAUUCAGCAUAUAUAAAAAGUUCUUUGGAAAAAUUACUGCAAACGCUAUUUCAGUUGCAACCUGUGAACAACUUACUUAUCUUAGCAAGUCAGUUGGGUUCCUGGAAUGGGACAAUAAUGGAAACACAGGCAAUGCUACUUGCUUUGUCUUCAAUGGUGGUUAUAUUUUCACCUGUCGACAUGUUGUAGAACUUAUGGUGGGUAAAAACACAGAUCAAAGUUUAUGGCCACACAUAAUUAGCCAAUAUGCAAAGGUAACCUUCACUUACAAAGAGUUCAGCCCUACUGGUAACAACUGGUUUUUUAUUGAGCCAUGGCUUAAAGUGUCCAAUGAAACUCUAGAUUAUGCCAUUUUAAAACUAAAUGAAAAUGGAAAUGCAUUUCCUCCCGGCCUAUGGAGACAAAUUUCUCCUCAACCAUCUACUGGUUUGAUUUAUUUAAUUGGUCAUCCCAAAGGCCAGAUCAAGAAAAUAGAUGGUUGUGCUGUGAUUCCUAUAAAUGAACGAUUGGAAAAAUAUCCAAAUCAUUGUCAAGAAGGGUUGGUAGAUCCCCAUGGUACUAAUAGUAAUGUAUACCCUAUGUUUACCCAAAGAAGUUUCCUAUCAGAGGUUUGGAACACACAAACGCUUAGUUAUGAUACUUGUUUCUCUGAUGGAUCCUCAGGCUCCCCAGUGUUCAAUGCAUCUGGAAAAUUAGUUGCUAUGCAUACCAUUGGGCAUUUUUAUAAAGAUGGAGAUAAUGUGUUUGCCCUUAUUGAAUUUGGUUAUUCUAUGGAUUCCAUUCUUUGUGAUAUUAAAGAGACAAAUGAGAGCUUGUAUAAUUUAUUAAAUGAUGGGAAACUUGAGACUUACAAUGAAGAGAAAAGUAAACAAGAAUUAUCACUUCAAGAUCAUCAGAUUGAACCCAUGGAAUGUUAGAAAAAUGAUGCUGUCUUCAAGAAAAUAUGCCAAUAAUUUUUGGCAAAGAUUUCAUGACAAAAACACCUAAAGCAAUUUCAACAAAACUAAAAAUUGGCAAAUGAUAGCGAAUUAAAGCUACUGCAGAGCAAAAGAAACUAUCAACAGGGUAAACACACAACUUACAGAAUGAGAGAAAACAUUUGCAAACUAAGCAUCCAGUAAAGAUAUAAUAUUCAGAAUCCAUUAGGAACUUAAAUAGAUUAACAAGCAAAAAACAAGCAACCCCAUUAAAAAGUGGAUAAAGGACAUGAACAGAUACUUUUCAAAAGAGGAGAUACAUGUGGCCAACAAGCAUAUGAAAAAAUACUAUCAUUAGUCAUUAGAGAAAUGCAAACUGACAAAAUGUCAUCACACUAAUCAGAAUGGCUGUUACUAACAUGUCAAAAAAUAACAGAUGCUAGCACAGUUGCAGAGAAAGGAAUGCUUACACACUGCUGAUGGGAAUGUAAAUUAGUUCAGCUAUUGUGGAAAGCAGUUUUGUGAUUUCUCAAGGAACUUAAAACAGCUACCAUUCAGCUCAGCAGUCUCAUUCCUGAGUAUAUAACCAAAGGCAUAUAAAGUGUUCUACCUUAAAGACACAUAGACAUGUAUGUUCAUUGCAGCACUAUUCACAAUAGCAAAGACAUGGAAUCAAACCAAAUGCCCAUCAGUGGUAGACGGGAUAAAGAAAAUGUGACACAUAUACACCAUAGCAUACCACACUAGCCAGAGCAAUGAAGCAAGAAAAAUAAGUAAAGGGUAUUCAAUUAGGAAAGGAGGAA